AUGUCGCCGACCGCCCUCAUCGCCUCGCGGUCCCGACUGCUUCACAAGUUUGACAGCUGCCGCACCAUCUUUAUGUGCUGCGACAUCCAGGAGAAGCUACGCGGCCGCAUCCCCAACUUCCAGGCGGCCAUUGACGUAUCGAACUCGAUGGCCGCCAUCCACAACGCCCUGACGCCCCGGCACACGUCCUUUGUAGCGACGGAGCAGUACCCGCAAGGCGUGGGUCGUCUCGCGAGGGACAUCCAGUUGCCGGAAGGGACGCCGGUGAUCGAGAAGGUGCAGCCGUCGAUGUUAGUGCCCGAAAUGAUGCCGUACAUUAUCGGCGACCCGGCGCGUGGCAUCUUGCCGGUGCAGCAGGCGGUGCUGUGGGGGCACGAGACGCAUGUGUGCAUCAUGCAGACCGCUGACGAGCUGCUGCAACACGGCAUUCGUGUGGGGGUGCUUGUAGAUGGCUGCGCCGCUCAGCGGCAGCUCGACCACGAUGUGGCGAUUCAGGAGAUGUCGACGUGGGACAACCUCACACUCACUACCACCAUCUCCGUCCUUCUACAGCUGGUGCGUGGCGAUGACUCUCUGAAGGGGCCGCUCAUGAAACUCGUGGUGAAGCCGGACGACCCCUCCCGCUUCCCUAGUCGCACCGAGGACGGCGAUAAGCAGAAGGAAUGA